AUGAUUGACGACAGGCUCCGUUCGCGUCCAGCAGCCUCUCAACACUCUGCGACGCCGCAAGCCCGCAACAUUUAUUUGGCCCUCACCGUCGAGCACCGUGCGGAGCUCGAUUCUAUUUGGCGAGCUGAUCAUCGAGUACCUUCUGUCGAAUCCCGUCGUGCAUGGGCGGAAGCGCGCAACAUCGACCCCGGAAGGGUGCACUCAUGGUUCUCAAAGAAGCGGAGCAACGCUAUCAAGGAUGGAUUGACGGUGUCCGAGGGAUCGUAUGAGCUCCCUGCACGAGGACCU